CUUUGUGUUGCGCGCUUCUGUAUUCUAGGACGAUCUGUUUGUCUUCGUGCAGUGGUCUAAUUGAGGGUACCUGCUAGUUGACUGUGGAAAUGAACAAGCUUUCUCAAAAUCAUGCAGUGUUUGCCCGUGCUGACUGGAAAGCAGUUGAUGCUGACUUGGAAUACAGAAUUGAUCAGCUACGAAAAGAAAUCAUGAACAAAGACACUGAAAUUUUUCAACUGAUGAAACAGAGAGAAGAACUAGACCUUCAAUUCUCAUGUGCUUUUAAAGAAAAGGAAGAGCUUUUGAACCAAAGAAAUACAGAAAGCCAUUUGUUAAAAAGUGUCGGUGAUGAAUUGGCAUCAAUCUCAAGUCAGCUGGAUGCUUCAAAUGAGGUAAUGGAAAUAGAACAAGAUGGAAUUAAACGAGAAGUUGAUGGACUGAGGGAAGAUCUGGCCAAGUAUAAGUCAGAGUUAUCACGCAGACAGCGAGCAGUUGAGAUAAUGAAUGCUCAAACUCAGCACUAUCGAAAUGAAAAUGAUCGGUUGGAUGGCCUUCAAACAGAAAUGGAAGACAAGUGUCGACAAUUGCAGCAAAAGGUGAAGGACAGUGAGAAGGUAUUAGGAGUUCCAAUUAAAGCUAUACAAAGGACUAAAAUUGAACUAGGCAAAGGUGCAUAUGGAGUGUACUGGUAA